AUGUAUCAGCAUUUGAUUUUUUUGGCACUAAUUGCCACCACUGUAGCAAGUGUUAUUCCUUUCUCUGUGAGUAAUAUUCCAGAAGAAUAUAAAGAAUUUGUACCGGAAGAAGUGAAAAAUUUCUACAAAGAUUUAACAGCGGAAGAUAAGCAAAUUCUUCGUGAGUUAGCAAGUAAGCAUGCAUCGUUUGCAAAUGAAGAUGCUGCAUUAGAAGCACUCAAAGAUAAAUCCGACAAACUCUAUAAAAAAGCGGUGGAAUUGCGAAAUUUUGUGAAAGGAAAAAUUGAUAGUUUAAAGCCAGACGCUAAAGCAUUUGUUGAUGAGGUAAUCGCCAAGGCACGAUCAUUGCGACCAGAAGAUGGGCAAAAGUUUGAUAUGGAGAAAUUUAAACAGGCAGCUCGGGAUAUCAUUGCUAAAUAUACGUUGCUCAGCGAAGAAAUUAAGGAAGAACUGAAAAUAACAUUCCCUCACACUGCCAAAAUCAUCAGCAAUGAGAAAUUCAAAAGGAUUGCUAAUACCUUUCUGCAAAAGAACAAGAGAAGUCUGGACGCUGGAAAACACUGA